GUCCAGUGGAGCAGACAGCACAAAGCAGCUGAACCUAGCGCAGAAGAGAUGGAAACAGUCGUACCAUCCCUCUGCACUACUCUCAUUGCGAUGGCCAACCAACCGCGGCACGUCAUCAGCUCUCGCUUGAUCGGGGUGAUGAUCCGAAGUGCGCCAAACGUGAAGAUGUACAUCGUGUCUGUUGUCUGGUCUGAUGACAGUGAAGGGAUCAUCUACAGAUCCUUCCAGGAAUUUCAAAAGUUCCAUGGACAUCUGAAAAAGAAGUUCCCGCUUUUGAACCCUCUCAAGAAAAGUGAAAGAGUCAUCCCGAAAUUCAGAGCCCACGCCAUUAAAACCAUGUUGCAGCAAAACAGCUCCAGAAGAUCCGUCCAUCGCAUGAAGAUCCUCGACGACUACUGUUCCAAACUUUUGCAAUGCGACUCCUCCGUCUGCCAGAGUUCAGAGGUCAAUCUGUUUUUCACGUGCAAAGACCAGGACUUGCAGCCGGACUUCACCAAGAACAGCAUCAUGGUGCUGCCGUCGGGCGACCUCUCCAAUAUGCAAGGCGGAGGUGUGGCUGAUGUCAACAGACCGCAUUCGGGCAGCGUCACGUCACCCUUUGUGAGCCAGACAUACCGCUGCGUUGCCGCGUACGAGACGAAGGACACAAAGAACCGGCCCUUUAGUGUGGUCCACGAGGAGGUUCUGGAGGUGCUCAUCAAAGACCCUGCAGGCUGGUGGCUGGUGGAGAACCAACACAAGCGCCUGGCUUGGUUCCCCGCCCCCUACCUGCAGAUGUUUAAGGAGGACAGCAACGACGACGACGACGACCACAACGACUUGGAGGAAGCCCUCCUGGAAGGAGGAGCCGCCCUAUACCUGGCCGUGCGGACAUUCACCGGCCAGAAAGCCGACGAGGUGUCGGUGCCCAUCGGCGCGGUGGUCAGCGUGCUGCGGAUGACCAAGGACGGCUGGUGGCUCGUCAGGUACAACGACAAGGCGGGCUUCAUCCCCUCCAUGUACCUGAAGCCCUACAGCAACCCCCAGGCGUGCCUCCACAGCCUGCAGAGGAAGCUGCACUCCUCCACCCUCAACCUGGCCUCCCCGGCGCUGGAGGAGACCCAGGCGGGCGGGCGUCCGAUGCCCAGCCUGUCCGAGCACAGGGAGCCUGAGGGAGGCAGCCCGGGCCAGAGUUCAGGCCAACAGGAGAAGAUGUCGCGGCUCCGCGAAGCCCAUUCGCUGGACCUGCUGUCCGAGUCCGACCGAGUACGCAGCUUCUCCCUGGACGAGUGCGCUUCGGCGCCGGGCGGGAAAGCCCAGGUCCCGCCCCGUCGACCCCGGGGGUACUCCGCCAGCUCCGCGGGCAGCGGGAUCAGCGCCGCCGACUCGCGGCUCUCCGACCAGUCCACGUCCACCGCCAGCCUCGGCCCCGGGUCGCCGAAGGGGGCCGCCGGGGGGACCCCCACGGUGCCAGCCAGACCCAAGCCCCAGGAGAUCCUGACCAGGUGCACCACCAUGACCCGCAAGGCGGCACUGGCCUCCAGGGACCGGCUGAUGCAGGAACCGGAGGUCAUCAUCCAGUCCCGCUGAAGCCCACCCGACCGCUGCGCGUCUUGUGUCUAGCAGAUGGAGCUAAAUCAACUAUUCCGACUAUUGAAUCAAAUGGUUUUUCAGAUCGAGCCUCGGAUAACACUAGAGCUGACUGUCAAUUACUCCAGUAAUUGUAAUGGACGUUUAUCAAGUGAUAAUGAAUAUCUGUGAACAUAUAGGGUCACUGGGAUCCUCUGAGAGGAAACAGAUGAAAGAAACAAACUCUAACCCUAACGCUGAAAAGUGAUUGGUAUCUAUGCUUGUAGUAGUUGAUCUGAUGGGUUCCUGUUGUACUGGUGAACCUCUCUGGUCUGUAUUUAAGGAUUCUAUCGGUGCAUAAUAACUGCUCUUCUUUAUACUCUUGGUAUACCUAUUUUCAAGAUUUGAUGAGAUUCUGGUUUCUGCGUCUAUCAAUUAUAUUUGUAGUGUGACUCUUCAGCAGAGAAACGCCUUGUUUACCUAUAAUAUGAAGGAGAAAGAAAAUGAGAUGGCAUUCAAUGAACAUUGAAGUGUACAGUUGCCCAAGUGUGUAUACUAUUUGUGCCUCCAAACUUACUGUAUAUUGUGUUAUUUACUCAAUGUGUACAAUAAAUAUGUGUUCUAAAUCAUAGAAA